AGGACUGCACGGCUGCAAUAUCUCCAAACCGGAGCGCACGCGUGAGGCGCGCACCGCUUAUCAGAGGAACGACACACUUUCACCGUCCGGUGUAAAGUCACUUUGAGCUCGAGCCAAAGCCAGCGACAAAGACAGAGGUGAAAAUGGCUGAGGACAUUCAAGCCAAACUUGAGAAAUAUCGCACUGCUCCCUUUGAUGCCAGAUUCCCCAACCAGAACCAGACCAGGAACUGCUGGUCCAACUACCUGGACUACCACCGCUGUCAGAAAGCUCUGGAUGCUAAAGGAGUAGACACAGCCCCCUGCGACUGGUACAAGAGGGUCUACAAAUCACUCUGCCCCAUGUCCUGGGUCCAGAAAUGGGACGACCAGAGAGACGAAGGGACCUUCCCAGGAAAAAUCUGAGGCCUCCAAAGCUCUUGGUCUGCAAAGAUGUAACCUUUUCAGCUAAAUGUUUGUAAUGUUUGGUGCGAGGCUGAAUGUCAGGCUCCUUUCUUCUGCUAACGCUCUGUCUUCAGAGCACACUGAAACUUAGUGGUCAUUCCUUACAAAUACCCUGAAAUGUACAGCAGAUUCUGCAUUAAAGUAUCUCAGGAUAUAUUUAUGGAG